UUAAGCUGUAAAAUCAAUUAAGGGAGAUUAUGCAGAUAAAUUAAUAUGGAACAAAUAUCUGAAAUUACGGUAAUUCAGAAGAUUUUUUCAGCUUGUAUGGGUGCUAUUGUUACGUCUGUUGUUGUUACGCCAUUUGAUUUGAUUAAAACAAGAUUACAAAGUCAAACGGUAGAUACAUUUAUAAUGAAAUCAUGUUGUCGAGAUAUUUUUUAUUCAUCAAUUCAUUCUCAAAAUAUAGGAGAAAUAGCAUGUUGUUUUAACCCAGAUUCUAUGUUGAACCAUUUUUGUAUAGAUUAUACUACUGAUUCUUCAAGAAAUCGAUUUAAUGGAACUCUUGAGGCAAUCGUAAAAAUUUCUCGGAAUGAAGGAUUUACUGCAUUAUGGAGAGGAUUGUCUCCUACAAUAGUGAUGGCGUUACCGUCUACAAUUAUUUAUUUUGUUGGGUAUGAUCAUCUUCGUCAGUACUUUUCGUCACCCUUGGCACCCUUGUUUUGUGGUGCAUUUGCAAGGACGAUAUCUGCUACAGUAAUAUCUCCUUUGGAACUUUUUAAAGUUCGUCUUCAAUCUGCGGCACAUUCUCCGUCUUCUAGUUCGAUAUUUUCUACAGUGGUUACUAGUAUUCAAGAUAUGGUGAAAGUUCAGGGUUUUCAAAGCUUAUGGAAAGGAUUGAGUCCUACGUUAUGGCGCGAUGUUCCAUUUAGUGGAUUUUAUUGGCUAGGUUAUGAAAAAAUUAAAUAUUUUUUAAAUAAAUCUCCAGAACCUUUUAAAAAUUUGAAUCCUAAGACAUCUGAGUAUGUAAAGAGUUUUAUUUCUGGUGGAUUGAGUGGUACUAUUGCUGCAUUAAUUACGCAUCCUUUUGAUUCUGUUAAAACACGUCGUCAAAUUUGGUAUAGCACUAAUGGAUCUAUUUCAGCUGUAAGGCAAAGCACUUGGAAAGUUAUGUACGAUAUUUUUAAGGAAACGGGUAUUAAGGGUCUAUUUCGAGGUGCUGUUCCACGAAUACUUAAAGUAAGUCCUGCAUGUUCAAUUAUGAUUUCAAGCUAUGAGCUUGGUAAAAUGUUUUUUGCUGAGCCUUUUAAUGUUUAAUUAUUGUAUUGGA